GAUUUCACUUUUGUAAAAAUGUUCACCCAACAAAAACGGUGUGGCAGCGGUUUGAUAUUUGUCAAUACUCGACAAUCCAAUGUCGGUUUGGUGAUCAAAGUAAUGACAACAAGAUCAGUAUGUUUGACAUUUAUCGUUUCGCUGUGCUGUUUUAGCUUUAUGCUUUCGGUCUUUCACGUGUUUUAUCAUGGUACUACUCAAACAAUUGCCUUUAAAAGAACCGUAAAUUCUAAUUUUCCGAAACAUCCCUCCUAUCGGGAAAAGCACCUCGAUGUUAACGUUGAAGACCCAGUUCUGAAAAUAACCAGGAAUGAUGUUAUUCGGAAACAAGGGUUUGCUGUCAGUAAGAAGCUUUCUAAGUUGUAUCAAGAAACCCAGCGUGAUUACGAUAAUCCCGCGUCACGGUUUGACCUAGCAACCGAACCAAAAGCACAAAUCCAUAAACAUAAUCGAGCAUACGAAUCGCAUCACCAAAAUGUUACCCUUCCUCUUCAAACAACGGAGUCAGUGAGUUUAAACUCCACAGUUGAAACACAACAUGUCGACGAUGCACAAGAUUCCAUGUCGAGAACUUUGUUGAUUAGAAAUGUCACGAAAUAUUAUAGCCGGAUAAAGCAAAGUGUCACCCGAUCAAAAUACUACUCUGAAAAAGUUAACCUACUGCCAGAGCAAACGAAAGGUGUUAUAUUGCUCACCAAUUACCGAUCGGGAUCCACUUUUCUCGGACAGUUGUUUAACCAACAUCCUGACGUGUUUUAUCAAUUUGAACCGCUGUAUCCGUUCACCGGUGGAUGCGGGUAUCAGACCUCUGUAAAAGUCGCUUUACUUAAAAGGCUGCUUAAAUGUGAUAUUCCUCAUGCCACCGAUACUCUUUCAAAAGUGACGUCACGAUUUCGCAAAUCUACCGUUGACAUGGAAUGCCUUAUUGACGACUUUUGCUUUAGAAAGAAAACUAAAGAACUGUGCACGCGACACUUGUGUCCGUUCGGUCGACCUGAUCGUUGUUAUGGCUGCGGGCCUUUGCACCUUCCUCGAGUAAUGAAUGUCUGUCGAGCUAAAAAGAUGUCCGCUAUUAAAGUUAUUCGGCUAUGUGACAUCAGAGCGUUGAAACCUUUGUUAGAAGAUCCUGCUUUGAACUUUAAGAUCAUCCAUCUCGUACGUGACCCACGUGGAAUAGCUUCUUCAAGACUUAAAAUAAACAAGGAUUGGAACAAAGUGUCAUAUGAACUCAACCAGACAUGUGAUCGAUUACUUAGCAACAUUGCAGCAGGAGAUAGUAAUACCUUAGGGACGAAGUGGCUGCGUGGUCGUUAUAUGAAAGUGAAGUAUGAAGAUUUGUCACUUGAGCCUAUCAGAACUACCAAACAAAUCUACAACUUUACUGGUUUAAAGUUUUUACCGAGUGUUGAACGAUGGAUUAAUGCAAAUACUCGAGCAAGCAAAUCAAAGCGUGACCCAUAUUCGACUUCAAGAGAUUCGGCCUACACCAUGGAAGCAUGGAGAAAUUUUCUAACGAUUGAACAAGUAUUAUCUAUACAAAAAGAUUGUUGGCAAGUUAUGAACAAGACCGGAUACAAGACAGUGGUAAUUGAGGCCGAACUGACAAACUUAAAUGUAAAAUUGGUGAGAUAACGAGAUAGAUACCCUUUUAAAAUAUGUAUCUUCAAUUUAAUGUAUUUAUUUAUCUCUCUUACUUCUAUUCCCCUCAUCGUUAGUUUGUUUUGUUGACGUACUUUCACACUAUCACAUUGAACAGUAUAUAUACGUUAUUGUUGUUAAACUUACUGAUUCAUGACAAUGUCUACGUACUCAUUUAGUCUGUAGGUAUAGUAAAAAUUUAGCUAAUGUAUAUUAAUUUUCGAUUUUUUUGAAGUUUUUUUACUUAAAGUAUUUAUAAGUGAAUUUUAAUCAAUAAUUAUGACGCAUUUUAUUAAACUCUUUAUUGUUAUUUUAAAUGUCUUAAGUUAAGUUUAGACCACGCGAUUUUAAAUUAAAUUAUAUACUUAAGAAGUCUUACUUAUGUUGUAUCAAAACACUAUUUGGUUUGGCAAAAAAUAACGCUUGGAAAAGUGGAAAAAAUUUCGCCUAUUGUUGCUUUACUCGCUGACAACUAUGGAAAAAAGGACAUCACGAUCAGUUCUAAUCGACCAGCUGUUUGUCCGCAUAAGACAAGUGGUCACAUAGGAUGGGGGAAGAUGGGACACCUUUUAUUCCAUUUUAAGAACACUCAAACAGUUAUAAAAUCAAAUCCUUACAACUCUAACACCGUUGUUAACUGUUUAAACCACUAUAAGGAUAUUUGGAUAUUAUGUGCUAAAGGUAUCCCAUCUUCCCCUACCCUACUACAUGAUUCCUCGUUCGUGUUUAUUGCCAAGAUUUUUUCCGCAUGUCGCAAUUUAUAAUUCAUGCAUUUAUUUUUUAACCUCUGGAUUAAUAUUUAAAAACAGUAAACAGCUUUGACGGGCGUUUUAUAUAGUCGUGAUAAUACUGUCGAAUAAUUCUGUAACCUUAUUUUCAUGAUUAUCAUUAAAUGCGGGUCUGUAAAAAGAAAAUUAAAAAA